UCUCUCUGUCUCUCUCUCUGUCUGUCUCUCUCUCUCUCUCUGUCUCUCUCUCCAUCAGGUCAGUUAAAGUGUCUCUCAGCAGCCGUGACGUCACGCGGUCCUCCUCCUCCUCCUCCUCCCUGCAGGAGGAAAACCCUCGUGCUGGAGCAGAGAGGAGCAGAGGAGCAGAGUCCUGCAGACAGCACACACAGACAGACACUCUUCCUCCUCCUCCUCUUCCUCCUUCUCCUCCUCCUCCUCCUCCUCCUCUUCUUCGGCGGUGCUCCCUGCUCGCAGUCAUGCUGGACACGCUCACCUUCCUCCUGGAGAAGCUCUUCCUCCUCGCCCACAUCAAGCUGUCCAGCCUGCCGCCUCCUCUGGGCGGAGAGCCGCCGCUCACCAGACGCUGCGACCGGGAGGAUUCUCCUCCGCAGCCCGCCGGAGCCCCGCAGAAGUUCCAGCGGGGAGACCUGCUCGAGGUCCCGCGGACUUUAUUCACCCACUUCGGCAUCUACUUGGGCGACAACCGGGUGGCGCACCUCAUCCCGGACAUCCUGCCGGUGCUGACCUCCGACACCAGGCAGAUCCAGGAGAUGGUGACCAACACGCGGCUGCUGCUCGGGGUGCUCUCAAAGCGCGCGAGCAUCCGGGUGGACUCGGUGGAGGAUUUCGCGUACGGAGCCGGCAUCAUGCUGAACGCCAUGGACCGGGCGGUGCGCCGCAGCCCGCUGUCCGGAGAGGAGGUGGCCCGGCGGGCGGAGCGCCUGGUCGGCACAGUGUCCUACAGCCUGCUGUGGAACAACUGCGAGCAUUUCGUCACGUACUGCCGCUACGGGACGGCGCAGAGCCUGCAGACCGACAAGUUCUGCGAGUGGCUGAAGUCGCUGAUCCGGGACCAGCGUAACGUUCUCCUGACGGCGCUCCUCGGACUCCUCUCCAUGGCGUGUUUGGGAAUAUCCUCCAGCACGGCCCUGCCCGCCCUCCUCGUCCCCUUCACCCUGUGGAUGGCCAGCUAAGAGCUCCUAUUGGAUGGAUGUUUGAGCCAUGUCGGAAGACGACUCACAUAGAGGAAGGAGUCGUCUGCAAAAAAGUUUAUACAUUGACUGUGGUACUACAUUUUAUUGCUAAUAACACCGUAGAGACUGAACUUUGAAGACUCUGACAGUAGAAAAAGAAAAAGGGAAAACAUCACCGAGCACCACCCAAACUGUUUGACUGACAGGUUUGUGAGGUGAUGAGCGCUUAGCAACAAAAACCGAAACAGUUUGAGGCCAGUGUGGCGACGAAGAGACCAAAGAUAACCGAAUGAUUACUGCUUUUAUUUUGAAGGAGUGAUGUGAAUGAUGUUUUUGUGCAUUUGUUGUCUUCCAGUAUGACCGAGCGUAACUUAGAACCUUUUCCCAACAUCACAGGACACGUGACGGCAAACCACGGAGCAGACAUUGCUUCUGUAAUAAUCAAGUUUUCAAACAAACACCCGUAUCUCACAGGUAGACGUGCUACGUGCCAGUUCUUCUUCUUCUGUGUUGGAAAUACGACCAAACUUUGAGUGUUGAGUUGAAAUAUGAAAGCCAGAAAUGCUGUACACGCUCACACCUUCAGUUAGAUAGCGUAAUAAUGACUGACACACAUUAGUUAGCAGCGAGGGCAGACCAACGAUCUGUUACUGACCCUGAAAAGAUUCAGCUCACUGUCCAGGACUGUAGAUGGAAACCUGUUUAUUUGGAGAACACUGAGCGUUUUAAAGAAGUCUUUUUUUCCAUCACGUUCUUGUUUCCGAGCUCGAUCACGAACACGUUUUACAUUCUCACUGUGGCGGCCGUCUCGUCUGCUUCCUGUCGGCGCCCCUGUACUUCCUGUCGGCGCCCCUCUGCACUGCAGCCCGGUGAAGCUCUUCAUGUAAAUAUGUGUAGAUAUCAUGGCGACCUGACUGUUCUCUAACAGUCCCAAACUUUUGUACAGAAUUUAUUUUUAUGACGCCGUAACACUUUAUACUGAGUUUGAAUGUAAAUAAAGGAAGUGGAAACAGA